UCUGGGGCAGUCUCGGCCACAAACAACCACCAACGGCCUGCCCGCCCCUCCCCUCCCUGUGAGCUCAGAGCCGCAAGACAAAGUGCUUGGGCCCAGGACAGAGACCUGAGAGCAGCCAUGGGCUCUGGAGGAGCGGGUCUCCCUGGGGUCUGGUGGCCCCUGCCUCUCCUGCUUCUGUUCAUGGGAGGCACGGCUCAGGACUCCCCACCCCAGAUCCUAGUCCACCCACAGGACCAGCUGCUCCAGGGCCCCGAGCCCGUCCAGAUGAGCUGCCAAGCCUCGGGCCAGCCCCCUCCCACCAUCCACUGGCUGCUGAAUGGGCAGCCCCUGAGCAUGGAGCCCCCAGACACACACCAGCUCCUGCCUGAUGGAACCCUGCUGCUGCACUGGCCCUCCACCCAGGCUCACGCCCGCAACAACCAGGCCCUGUCCACGGACCUGGGCAUCUACACAUGUGAGGCCAGCAACCGGCUGGGCACAGCGGUGAGCCGCGGCGCGCGGCUGUCUGCGGCUGUCCUUCAGGAGGAUUUCCGGGUCCAGCCCCAGGACACAGUGGCCACGGUGGGCGAGCAGGUGAUCCUGGAGUGCUGGCCACCCUGGGGCUACCCAGAACCCACGGUCUUGUGGUGGAAGGAUGAGAAACCCCUGGCCCUCCAGCCGGGGCGGCACAGGGUGUCCAGUGGCUCCUUGCGGAUGCUAAGAGCAGAGAAGAGUGACUCGGGGACUUAUAUGUGUGUGGCCACCAACAACGCGGGACAGCGGAAGAGCCGGGCAGCCAGGGUGACUGUCCAGGAGCCUCUGGAGCUACUGGCCGUGCGCAUUCAGCUGGAAAACGGGGCCUACGAGUUCAAAGUGAGACCGUCCUCCGGCCGGGCUCGGGGCCCUGACAGCAACGUGCUGCUCCUGAGGCUGCCUGAGCAAGUGCCCAGCGCCCCUCCCCAGGAGGUGACCCUAAAAUCGGGCAAUGGCAGCAUCCUUGUGAAGUGGGUCCCACCACCUGCUAAAAACCACAAUGGCAUCAUCCGUGGCUACCAGGUGUGGAGCCUGAGCAACACCUCAUGGCCCCCAACCAACUGGACAGUGGCCGGUGAGCAGACCCAGCUGGAGAUUGCCACCCAAACGCCAGGUUCCUACUGUGUGCAGGUGGCUGCCGUCACCGGCGCUGGGCCUGGGGAGCCCAGUAGCCCCGUCUGCCUCAUUUUAGAGCAGACCAUGGAGCGAGCCACCCGAGAACCCAAAGACCCCGGCCCAUGGAUCCUGGAGCAGCUGAGAGCAACGUUGAAGCGUCCAGAGGUCAUUGCCACCGGGGCUGUCCUGCUCUGGCUGCUGCUGCUGGGCACCACUGUGUGUGUCCACCGUCGGCGCCGCGCUGGGGUGCACCUGGGCCCAGGUCUGUAUAGAUAUACCAGCGAGGACGCCAUCCUAAAACACAGGAUGGACCACAGCGACUCCCCCUGGCUGGCAGACACUUGGCGAUCCACCUCCUGCUCCCGGGACCUGAGCAGCAGCAGCAGUCUUAGCAGCCGGCUGGGAGUGGACCCCCGGGACCCAUUAGACCGCCGGCGCUCCUUGAUCUCCUGGGAUCCCCGCAGCCCCGGGGUGCCCCUGCUUCCCGACACCCGCACUUUUUAUGGCUCCCUCAUCGCUGAGCUGCCUUCCAGCCCCCCAGCCCGGCCAAGCCCCCAGGCCCCAGCUCUCAGGCACCUCCGGCCCCAGCUGGCCCGGCUCUCCAGCCCCUGGCCCAGUUCCGACAGCCUCUGCAGCCGCCGGGGGCUCCCUUCCCCUCGCUUCUCUGUGGCCCCCGCAGAGGCUUGGAAGGCCAAAAGGAAGCAAGAGCUGCACCAGGCCAACAGCUCCCCGCUGCUCCGGGGCAGCCCCCCUAUGGAGCUCUGCGCCUGGGAGGCAGGAAAUAAAGGCUCCAAGAAUCUUUCCCAAAGCCCAGGACCCGUGCCCCGAACUCUGGUUGCCUGGCGGGCCCUGGGACCGCAGAUCCUCAGCUCCUCCAGCGAGCUGACUUGUCCUCUCUCGCCAGCACCCCUCUCUUCUCAUGAACCCCCCACUCAGAAUCAACAGACCCAGCACGUGGCAGAGCCCCGAGCUCCCUCCCCUCACCCCCUGUCAACAGCCCUCACCCCCACCUGCAGGCCCUCCAGUACCGCCAGCCACUCCAGCCACCGGGCCUCCUCCCUGUCCGGUCCCAGCCCAACCUCCAGUCGCCUGUCCAGCUCUUCGCUGUCAUCCCUGGAGGAGGAUCAGGACAGUGUGCUGACUCCUGAGGAGGUGGCCCUGUGCCUGGAGCUCAGUGAGGGUGAGGAGACCCCCAGGAACAGCGUCUCUCCUAUGCCAAGGGCUCCUUCACCCCCCAGCACCUACGGGUACAUCAGCGUUCCCACAGCUUCAGAGCUGGCAGACAUGGGCAGAGCUGCCGGAGGGGUAGGGUCCGAGGUGGGGAGUUUGCUGUGCCCACCUCGGCCCUGCCUCACCCCCACCCCCAGUGAGGGCUCCCUGGCCAAUGGCUGGGGCUCAGCCUCUGAGGACAAUGCCCCCAGUGCCAGAGCCAGCCUGGUCAGCUCCUCGGACGGCUCCUUCCUGGCCGAUGCCCACUUCGCACGGGCCCUGGCAGUGGCCGUGGACAGCCUUGGCUUUGGUCUGGAGCCCAGGGAGGCGGACUGCGUCUUCACAGGAGCCUCAUCGCCCCCCUCCCCCCGGGAUGACCGCUUGCUGACUCGCACCCUCUCCCUGCCCCUGUGGGAGUGGAGGUCAGACUGGCUGGAGGACCUGGAGAACAGCCACAUCCAGCGACUGGGCAGAGGGCUGCCGCCCUGGCCCCCCGACUCUUAGAACUCUCCCCAGAGAAGCCAUCUCCGCUGCGCUGCCCCCAAGGCUGGCCAGACUCGCCCUGAGGCAUGUCCCCGAGACUCCCCACCCCAGCCCCCCAAGAAGAGACUCAGAACUCCCUCUCCUAUCAGCCACGGGCCCUGAGGAGGGCUGGGCCCUGGACUGCAGAUCUUGGUCGGUGCAUCUCUGCCCUUGGGUACAUCUGGCCUCCAGGAGAGCUCGCCCUCCUCGACCGUGAACAGGAAUGAAGAAACACACAGUCACAGCAAAGCAGACCCGGAGCCCCCGGAGCGGAGAACGGUCUCCACCUGGCGCCUUGCUUGUCCUCGGCUCUGCCCAACCCCACAACCAAACUGUCUGGCUCAAGGAGCAGCCCAUCUCCUGCUCUCCCACCCACGGGGAUCAUGAGACAUGGGGGAGCCAGGGGUCUUUCUGGGGAGCAGCGGCAGCUUGUGGGGGUGGGCCGUGGAGGAAGGGGCUCCUCAAGCCUCCCCUCAGCCUCACUGGACCGUGUUCCGUAGAGGGGCUCCACCACCCCCCCACCACCCCCACACACACACCAUGUAAAGGAGAUACAGAGCAGAGCCCUGAGCCACGAGGCCCAACCCAACACCAGGGCAAAGUCCCAGGCGGACCAGGGAGGGAGCUCCAGGGCGGGAGGUGGGGAAUGGGGACAAAACCACCCUCCCCACACUGCUGUCAAGUGAGCCCAAGGAAUUAAUACUAUGACAUGGCAAUGCCCUGA